ACGCCCAUGUCGUCACGCGCAGUUGAUGCCAGCUGGGCCCGUGCUGCGGAGAGCAUUCAUAUUAGGGGUUAUAUAAGAGCCUUAGCCCCUCUUAUUGCAUCUUCACCAUCGAUUCCACUGAUACGUCAGAAAUAGGCGUACUAACAUGAGAAUUCAUAAUCUUGUGCCCAUACUCUGUGUUGGAGGCGCGUAUGCUCUUCCUACGCUUUCCUGGCUUCCGCAAUUUCCCGUCGAGGGGCUAGUUCGCUGCUGGGGCAUAUUUGCUCCCCUUUCGGAGGACAGGACAAUUUACCAGGUUUUGAAAGACGACGAAAGGUACUCGCGUUUAGUCAAAGCCAUCAACUUGAGCGACGGGAUCACUGACCUUUUGGACGAUCCUGCAGCCAGCAUCACUUUUUUUGCGGUUCCAAAUACAGGUAUUCCACAUCGUCAGCCCUCACAUGGGGAUGACGACGACAAUCAUCAGCUCGAUUUCGCAUCUCUCGCACCUAAGCGUGGGGAUGAGCGUGAUAUCGCUUAUGACCUUGGCCACCUCGUCCUUCAGGUUGAAGAACUUGAUAACAUCCCUGAGUCUCGUGACAAGGACCACCGUAAGGAGGCACUUGGCCGCAUCAUUCGCGCUAUCCUCGCGUAUCACAUCUUGCCUGAGAAGUUGGAUUCUACUGCGCUCGUUCAAAACUCUACAUAUGCAACGAAUUUGACAUUGAAUGAUGGGAGCAUGGACUAUCAACCAUUGCGCUUGAGUGUUCAGAGCACGAUUGUUCCCCCUCGACUCAGGAUUAAUACUGUGGUAGAUGUCAUAAAGCGCGAUACUGAGGCUAGCAAUGGUAUCAUCCACAGUAUCAAUAUCCCACUCUUGCCUCCCCCUUCCUUGUUCAGUGAGAUGUUUGCUUUUCCCGAAGUCUUCUCAUACGUGACGUCUGCUAUCCAGCGCGUGGGCUUAACUGGCACAGUUGAUUAUUGGCGGAUUCCCGGCAAAGAUUGUCAUAUAUCAUUCGCCGGCGCAGAAAUUGCCACUUUCUUUGCCCCCACAUCAGGAGCAUUCCAGCGUCUUCCCAAGAAAUUAAGAUUUUUCUUAUUUUCGCCCUUUGGCGCUAAAGCGCUCAGGAAACUUCUGGAGUAUCAUGUUGUGCCUCAACUCGUGCUGCACACAGACUAUGUGCAUAAUGCUACAUCUUAUACUGCCUUCAUUGAUGACCGGGAAGCUGGUGUCUUCGCAGCUCCCGGCAACCCUUUAUAUGCCUACAAUCUCACCCUUCCCACCCUGCUGGAGAACCAUUCCUUAAACGUUCAGGUUGCCCGCUACAAAGCCAAGAUUCCUCUUCCUGGUCCUGCGCGCUACUUCACCAGGUUUGUGGUCAACGGUCACAAUGUUGGACCGUAUGACAUCCCCGCUCGGAAUGGCGCUUUGCAUGUCAUUACGAACCUACUCGACCCUCGUGGCUAUCAUAAAGACCAUAAACACCGUGGACAUGAACAAUCGGUUGACGUCGACUGGGAGGAUUGGGAGGAGUGGCUGCCACAAUGGGCCAUGCAAGAUUAAGCCCCGAUGUGAAUGAUGUUUCGCUGAUUAUUCAAGCCAGUGUAUAGGUAUGAUUAUGUGAUGUAAUUGUUUUCUGAGUUGAACAAGUAUAUAUUUAUGUCGUACAAAGUUCUGUGCGCAGCAACAUUGUGUUCUAUCUACAAUUAGAAAGCAUGCCAGAUAACCGGGCUAUGUUACUGCACGUUUGUUUGCUGUACACAUGUAUAUAUUGGUCUCACUACAUCCUCUUUCAUG